AUGCCUUAUUCCGAAGGAUUACGCUACUGUCUCACGUGUAUCGAUAGAUUUACCACAUGGCCUGAGGUAAUUCCAUUGGAAGAUCAAGAAGCGGAAACUGUUGCACGAGCUUUCUACAUGAAUUGGAUUGCAAGAUUUGGUAUUCCUCUUCGUAUCACAACAGACCAAGGAAGACAAUUUGAGUCAUGCCUUUUCAAACAACUUAAGCACUUGACUGGUACGAACCAUCUUAGAACUAUGGCCUAUCAUCCCUCAGCAAAUGGCAUGGUGGAACGAAGCCAUCGGCAGCUUAAAGCCGCUAUUAAGGGUCAUCAGAAUAACCGAUGGACAGAAACUCUUCCGACAGUCUUAUUGGGAAUCCGAGCAGCUUGGCGUGACGAUCUUAAAUCCACAUCGGCAGAAUUAGUYUAUGGAGAGCCACUUAGACUUCCUGGUGAAUUCCUCACGUCAGAUAAUAAUGCCACCAAGUUCGAUGAUGCAGCUGAGUUUAUCAAAGACCUUCGAAAUCAUAUUCAGCAGAUCCGACCAGUCAAUGGUACGCGACAUGGCGAGAAGAAAAACUUUGUUUUCAAGGAUCUCGCAACUACUGAGUACGUAUUCAUUCGACAUGAUGGACCCAAAACCGGAAUACAAAUGCCCUAUGAUGGUCCCUAUAGAGUCAUAAGCAGAAAUAAAAAGACUUUUGUCAUCGACAUGAAGAAGAAGGAAAUUAGAGUAACUAUUGAUAGACUUAAACCAGCCUACAUCAUAGUAGACGACGAUUCUAAGGAGGAUAUUUCGAGAAAGGUCCAGACACCUACACCCYUUACCAUUUCAAAGGAGGAUCAAAGGACACGUUCCGGAAGAAGAGUUCAUUUUCCAGACCGUCUCCAAGUAGGAUCUGUUUGA